GGGUUAGAAAUAUACCUCACAGAACCCGCUUCAAACAUUAAUUUUAAACACACCUUUCUUUUUCUUGUUCUUCUCUCAGUUUACCUCAUUAGAAGCAUCGGGAAGCGUAUUCUAGAAGCACAAUGAAGUUUUUUCUGUUACUUUGCCUAGUUGGCACCUCGCUGGCUAUUGACAAAGCCCAAUUGCAUGGAUUAAAAAAUCUGUUAACGAACCUGCACUCUGGGGUAUUCACUACGUGUCAGCUGGUCUUGUUCAGUGAAAUGGUCGACUAUGAUACUGCUGAGAAGAACUGUCAGAAUUUCAACAUUGGUAUGGGAGACGUACAGGGCCACCUGGCCACAGUAAACGACAGUGAAAAGAACUCCGACCUAAAACUCCUUCUGAACAUGGCUUAUCCUUACAAAGGGUGGAAAAACCAAUGGGCUGCUGACCAAUGGGUUUGGGCUGGACUCAGGAAGACAAAGAACAACGAUGGAAGCGAUACGAGCAUGAAAUACAAGCCAGAGGACUGGUCCUGGGCUGCUGAUGAAACAAGCCCCAAGGAAUUCCACAAAUGGAUGAGGAAACAGCCGGAUCAAAAACCCGAGAUCAGGAGAAACGGAGUGACGUUACUCCAGAACCAAAUGAGGAUCAACCACAAAGGACACUGGGACGAUACCUUCAAGUACAAGAAACAUCCCUACGCUUGUGAUUACCAAGGUAAAUACAUUAUCUCCGCGAACUCUAAGACUUGGAGCCAGAGUAAAGCUGAGUGCGAGGCUGCAGGAUUGGAGCUAGCUAAAGUGAGAUCUGAUGCUGAGGUUGAAGAGAUCAUUAAAUCUGCUGAUUACUUCCUCGGGAGUAAAGCUGACAGUGUGAAAGUGUGGGAUAAGGAGAACUGGAUCUGGCUGGGUGGAACUGAUGAAGAGGAGGAGGGUGUGUGGAAGUGGGUGGAUGGAAGUCCUAUUGACAAGAAAAUUAUGAACUGGAGGAACCCUAACCCUGAUAACGCUGAGUUUAUAAAGGACCAUGCUGAACACUAUUUGGCUAUCUCCAGGGAUGGUCAGUUUGAUGAUUCGUUUGAUCAUAGGAGUAGACACAGAGCUUUCGCAUGUCAGUGUCCAGGUACGUAGGUUGGUGACGUAUUGCUGUGUGACACGUGAUCUGACACGUGAUGUGACACGUGGACUUACAACUUUGAUAGCCCUCUGAUGAAAGACUCAAAAUUCUAGUAGAAAAGUAGAGAAAAAGAUUUUUCCCAGUAUGUUUGAAGUAGCUGAAUUUUUUCGUGGAUAGAAUUUUGCUGUAUGUUGUAUAGUCAAAGAUAUAUAAAUAA